CAAAGAGUAAGGCCAGAUAUCAUUCUAGGUACAUGUAGGCUUAUCAGAUCUGAGCCAAGGUUCAUGAUUCGUAAUAUCUAGAACAAACCACUUUUAUUAUGGAAAACACUUUAGGAUUAGUAAUUUUAUUUUGGACCGUGUUCCUAGGAGGAAAUGCACAGAAUUACUGCAAAGAUGUAGAUCCAACAGCAUGUGGAGUAUUCAAAACGGCAGACCCUAAAAUGUGCGACAAUCCGUGUUUGGCAGAUCUCUGUAAAGAUACAUGUGGAUUUUGUCCAUUAAUGUGUUACCACUGUGAUAGUGUUGCCAAACCGGAAGACUGCAGUAUCAAAGUCCAAUGCAGUUCAGCUACAGAGAUCUGCAUUGCAACCCAGAGAUUUAACACACAACUUCAGCCAGUGUUUUCCUCUGGGUGUGUUAACAAAGCGGUUUGUGCGACGUUAUUUAACUACGGUGGUACUACGGGGAAACGUGCUUACACAUUACACGGUGGAUGUUGCGCUACAGAUCUGUGUAACGUACAUGAUCCCGAUGGUAACUUUACAUCAUCUGAUACAGAAUUUAAUGCUGAUGAUGCACAAGACCAAGUUGUUCAAGCAGAUGCCAAUAGUUCUCCAGAUACAUGUGAAGAUUUCGACCGUAACAAUAUUGCUUGUGGUAUACUUCAUAAACAAGAUCCUGCUAUUUGUAAGAAAGACUGUAUUGGUAGAAAGAUAUGUCCAGAAACCUGUGGUACUUGUGUUCGCUGCAAAACGUGUCCAGAGGUUGAUGAUCCAGCCCAGUGUAAUAAUAUUACAAUUUGUAAGAAAUCACAGUCCUGUUUUUCUCGUAACAAAUUGCGUAGCGAUUUUACCUUGGCACAUGAACUUGCCUGUAUGGAUGAUUUUAUAUGUCACGCCUAUUUCGGUGGAAUAGUUGAUGUUAAAAUGGGUAAAAGACAGCUUGGUGGUAAUAUAAGGAUUGGAGGGCAAUGUUGUAAAUCUAAUGUAUGUAAUGCAAAUGGGAUGGUAUCACCAACAGGACCGACAAUUGGUUAAAAUCUACAAAACAUCGGAUAAUGUUAAUAAUAAAUUUAUAAAUUAAAA